GGCUGUCAGUAUAAAUUUGAAGCUUGGACGAUGCGCUUCCUUUCGUCACGUUGGUUUUUUUUGUUUGUGCAAUUUAACGAAAAUGUUAUCGUGUGUGAUUUUGUGUGGCUUAUAAAAUGGAUCGAUUUAGGUGCUGUGACGUGAUAACUGCCUUGUUACGCAAGUGCAAAUAAGAAAAAGAGGUUGCCUGUGUCCACAACAUGACGUCAAGAUUAGAUCGCCUGUUCGUGUUGCUGGAGGCAGGCGCGGGGGCAGCGACGCGGCGGGCUGCAGCCCGCCAGCUUGGCGAGGUGCAGAAAGCGCACCCCGAGGAACUGCAUCGGCUACUCGGUCGUCUCAUGAAGUACCUGCGCUCGCCCGCAUGGGAGACAAGGAUAGCCGCCGCACAGGCAGUCGAAGCGAUACUCUCGAAUGUUCCAGAAUGGCAUCCCACGCAAAGCAACGUGAAAAAAGAGGAAAAGAUGGAUGCAGAAGAGGUUGGACUGCUCCGCUGUGAGACGUUCGAUAUCGAGCGUGUGUUGGAGAAUGGCGCACACCUUAUGGGUUCCGAAGGUCAUGAGUACGACCUUGAGGAAGUUGCACUCUCUGCUGGAGAUAUGAAAGAACGGUUGGCUAAACAAAGGCAACAGCUAAACGCCCGCCUUGGUCUCGAUGUGGCGUCAAAACUGGGCGUGGACCUCACCUCGGUGUAUACCAAUGAUGAUCUCUGCCCUGUCAAGAUACAAGUGAAACUGGAGCCUCCACGACGGCCGGUACAAGAACUGGUGCCAACAGCAUCAAAGCAGCUGAGUUCCCGCGAAAUAAACUUGGCGAAGCGGCGAGCGCGCGCCGCAUUCAGCAAACAGAAGUCACGUGACUGCGAGGAGGGGCCCUCCGCCGCCGCGCAGCCCUCGCCCUCGACAGCACUCAUACUGGAACCAGACAGGAAGAAAAUUAAACUGGAACCUGUGGAGGACUUUAUUGUGGACAGCGAGGCGGCGGUGCCGGACGGGCUGGGCGUGUGGGGCGCGGCGUGCCGCUGGCCGCUGGAGGGGUGGUGCGCGGCGCUGCAGGCGCAGCUGUUCCACGGCGCGUGGGAGGCGCGCCACGGCGCAGCUAGCGCGCUGCGGGAGCUGCUGCGCGCGCGCGUCAGCGCCAGCGCCGCACGACGCCCCGCCACCACUCAACAACAGAUGGAAGACGCCCAUCAAGAGUGGCUGGAGGAUAUGGCAUUAAGACUGCUCUGUGUUUUGGCCCUGGAUCGCUUCGGGGAUUUUGUAUCGGAUCAGGUGGUGGCGCCAGUGCGGGAGACGUGUGCGCAGACGCUGGGCGUGGCGCUGGCGCAGAUGCGCGAGGCGCGCGUGCGGCUGGUGGCGGCCGCGCUGGCCACGCUGGCGCGCCAGCGCCAGUGGGAGGCGAGACACGGUGCACUGCUGGCAUUCAAGUAUCUGCUCGCAGCAAGACAGGAUGUGGCGUGUGCGGCUGGCGCGCUGGAGCACUUGGUGGCUGCGUUAGAAGAUGUGGCGGAGGACGUUGCCGGCGUGGCUGCUGGCGCGCUAGCCCCCGCCGCCGCCGCACUGGCCGCGGCGCGCCCGCACGCGCUGCCAGCAGUCGCCGCAAGGCUGUGGCAGCUGCUGAGGGACCAGGAUGACCUGGCAGCACCGGCUAAUGCCUACAUGGCGCUGCUGGCUGCACUCUGCGCUUUGCCACAAGCAGCCAAACAUUUGCACCCCAUCGACUUAUCCGAUGUGCUACCGCGUCUCUGGCCUUACCUCGACCACUCAACAAGUUCAGUACGCAAAGCUACACUACAGACGCUGCGCACGCUCACACGCCCUCUGGUGACCACUGACGACACUAACGGUGACGACAAGUUGGAUGUCAAAGUGAACGGCAAAGCUGACAGCAGGCUGCUGGCGUGGACCCCGGAGUUGUUACAAGACGCUAUGCGACAUGUGUACCAAAGAGUACUGUUUGAACACGUACAUGACAUACAGGAAGUCGCUUUGCAGGUGUGGGAUAAUUUACUGAAGCACGCGGCACUGGAGGUGAUUCUUGUAGCGGCGUGCCCCAUGCUGGCGACGUGGAUGUGCCUCGCCAUGCAGCCGCCCAGGCUGCCCGUGGACCCCUCGCUGCUUCUCUACACACCACAUAAGGAGCGGCGUACACGCACGAGUUCGCUACUAUCGGAGCAAGUGCCGGCGGAGGUGCGUCCUAUACAAAAGUGGUUUAUCGGCGGCAGUGAAUCCCAGCCCGCAGUCGCCCGCGACCGCAAUGUAACCCGCGCGCGUUGUCUCGCCGCUGAUAUAUUAGGACAUCUGUCGUGUUACCUGGUGCAACCGGCGCCUGGUAUAGAAUAUAAAUCAGAAGAUGAAAGCCCGAUUCACUGUUAUGUCAAGGUGAUGAUAGUGUACUUGCGGUCAGGCAGCGCGCUGCAGCGGCUGGUGGCGGGGCUGGUGGUGUCGGCGUGGGCGAGGUACACGCGCACCACCAACAUGUACCCCCCACAUGCGCAGAACGGGGUUAACGGUGACCAGAACGCGGAUGGCAGUGAACAGAAAGAUGUAUCAUGUCUAGCACCGGAGUUGCUGACGAGUACGUUACACGCGGCGCUCAACCAAGCUCUUUAUUACGACGAGGUCGCACUAAACUGCAAUCGGAUACUACAAGAGGCCCGCGAUCUCUUAGCAAUGAUGAAACACUAUAAAUUGGCUGUCGAUGGCGAAGAGUUCAAUAAUAUAUUGCGACUAGAACAGGUGGUGCACAUGUGCGCGGUGACGCAGCCGAUGGUGGCGGGGCUGAAGCUGAAGCGCGUGCUGCAGACGCUGGAGGAGCGCCGCGCGGGCCUGCUGGCUGCAGCCACGCAGUGCGCGCAAGACCAGGCCACGUUUAAUGUCUCUGUGCAAGCGGCGUUAGCCGGUGCGUGUGCCAAUCUGCACUCGCUGCCGGAGCGGCUGAACCCUGUGGUGCGGCCGCUGAUGGAGAGCAUCAAGAAGGAGGCCUCCGAGGAGCUGCAGGCGCACUCCGCCGACACCCUCGCUGAACUGCUCGCACAGCUCGUCGAUAGAGACCCAUGCCCUAAUAACAAAGUCCUUGUUAAUCUGAAGGCUUUUCUUAGAUGUGAUCCAGAGUACACGCCGCGUAUAUCUCUGGAGGUGGCAGAGGAGGCUGACUCUGGUAGCGGCGACAGCGGCUCCGAAACCAAGAGAGAAGUGCAGUCGACGAAUACUACAUUGGAUAAAUACAAAGGCAUAUUAACAUUGCGAGAACAGCAACGCAAUGCGGAGCGCAGUGCGCCUCGCCGCGGCCGGCCGCCCGCCGCCGCCACCGCCGCCGCGCACGCCGCUAAUGACAUCGCAUUGGACAAUAUCUUUCCGCACGAGGAUGAAGCCCGUAAACUACUGAGGAUUCAGAGAAGGGGAGCGACGCUAGCACUGACGAGUCUCACCAAAUAUUUCGGUGACGAGCUGCCUGAGAAGCUGCCUAAGUUGUGGGAGUUCAUUACGGAGCCAUUUGCAAAAAUUAUGACUGAUGCAGAGCUGGUGUGCCAGGAGCCGGAGGCGGCGGAGGAGGUGAUAUCGCGGCUGCAGGUGGUGGAGGCGGUGGGCGGGCGCGUGGGCGGCGCGCUGUGGCCGCGGCUGCUGCGCGGCGUGCCCGCGUGCGCCGCGCUCUGCCGCGCGCUGUACACCGCCCUGCGGCACAUGGCGGCGCGCGCGCUCGCCGCACUCGCAGCUAGGGACCCGCAUGCGGUUAUGCAGGAGUUGGUGAACGAGUUGAUCAGUGCAUUAGACGACGUACGCAACGAGCGCGUGCGGUGCGGCGCGGCGGAGGCGCUGGCGCGGCUGGUGGACGCGCUGCAGCUGCACGUGGUGCCCUACAUCGUGCUGCUGGUCAUACCACUGCUAGGACGUAUGAGCGACCACUGCGAGGCGGUGCGCACGAUGUCGACGCGGUGCUUUGCUACGCUGAUCCAGCUGAUGCCGCUAGAUGGCGCUGUGCCGGAGCCCGCACUCGGCGCGGAGAUGCGCGCGCGCAGGCAACGCGACAAGGAAUUCCUAGAACAACUGUUCAAUCCUAAAUCUAUAAAGGAUUAUAAGAUACCGGUGCCGGUGUCUGCAGAAUUGAGGAGUUAUCAACAGGCGGGUGUGAACUGGCUGCGGUUCCUGUACGAGUACGGUCUGCACGGCGUGCUGUGCGACGACAUGGGGCUCGGCAAGACCAUACAGUCUAUAGUGGUGGUCGCCGGCUCGCACUGGGAGCGCACGCAACAGCGCCGCGACACGCUGCCCUCUCUCGUCGUCUGCCCGCCCACGCUCACUGGUCACUGGGUGUUCGAGGUGAACAAGUUCAUAGAGAGCAAGUACCUGCGGCCGCUGCAGUACGUGGGCCCGCCGGCGGAGCGCGAGCGUCUGCGCGGCCUCGCGCGCCGCGACCGCUACAACCUCGUCGUCGCCUCCUACGACAUCGUGCGCAAAGAUAUCGACUUCUUUAGUACCAUCAAGUGGAACUAUUGCAUUCUUGACGAAGGACAUGUUAUAAAGAAUGGAAAAACCAAAGCGUUCAAAGCAAUCAAACAAAUAGUCGCUAAUCAUAGACUUAUACUCUCCGGUACACCUAUACAGAACAACGUGUUAGAACUGUGGUCGCUGUUCGACUUCCUGAUGCCGGGCCUGCUGGGCACGGAGCGGCAGUUCACGGCGCGCUACUCGCGGCCCAUACUGGCGGCGCGCGACGCCAAGGCCACGCCGCACCAGCUGCAGGCCGGCGCACUCGCUUGCGAAGCUCUGCAUAGACAGGUGUUGCCGUUCCUGCUGCGUCGUGUGAAGGAGGACGUGCUGCGCGAGUUGCCGCCGAAGAUAACGCAGGACUACUACUGCGAGCUGAGCCCGCUGCAGCGGCGGCUGUACGAGCACUUUGCGCGCGACCACGCCCCGCAGCACGCGCUCACCCACUCACAGACACACGUUUUCCAGGCGCUGCACUACCUGCAGAACGUGUGCAACCACCCGAAGCUGGUGCUGACGGCGGAGCACCCGGAGGCCGCGCGCAUCGCCGCGGAGCUCGCCGCGCAGCGCUCCUCCCUCGACGACAUACACCACUCCGCGAAACUGCCCGCGCUCAAACAACUGCUACUCGACUGCGGUAUCGGUACCGGCGCAUCUGACGCUGAGAACGGUGCAGUAGUAUCUCAGCACCGAGCGCUGGUGUUCUGCCAGCUGAAGAAGAUGCUGGAUAUCGUGGAGCAGGACCUGCUACGAGCGCACCUGCCCACAGUCACACACCUGCGGCUCGACGGCAGCGUGCCUCCGCAUCAGAGACAUGCCAUUGUCACCAGAUUUAAUACUGACGUCUCUAUUGAUCUACUUCUACUCACUACUGCUGUGGGCGGGCUGGGGCUGAAUCUAACCGGCGCUGACACAGUGAUCUUCGUGGAGCACGACUGGAACCCCAUGAAGGACCUGCAGGCGAUGGACCGCGCGCACCGCAUCGGACAGCGCAAGGUCGUCAACGUCUACCGCCUCGUCACCAGGGACACCCUCGAGGAGAAGAUCAUGGGGCUGCAGAAAUUCAAACUGAUGACCGCAAACACGGUGAUCAGCAGCGAGAACGCGGCCAUGGAGACGAUGGGCACAGAGCAGCUGCUGGACCUGUUCCAGCUGUCGCAGCAGCCGCAGCAGCAGCAACAGCCUGCUGCGCUGCUGGACGCGCUGCCAGACCUCUGGGAUGACAAGCUGUACGAAGAGGAAUACGAUAUGACCAAUUUUAUUAAAAGCUUGAACAAUAUUAAGAGUUAAAAUUUGUCGCAAAUGAAAUAAUUUUAACAGACUUUUAUAAUGUUUCUAUUCGUCUGUGUUAAAAACUAGUUGUGUUUUUGAGGAAAAAUACUUUGUUUCAAAUGAACUUUAUACAUGGAUAUGUUCUCUUGGUAUUUGUGCCUGAUUUACAUUUUGGCAAUAACGAUUGUAUUUGGUUGAGGACUUGAACUAAAGUUGGAACUAAAACGAUAUUUGCAAGCAAAAUCCUAUCCAUCUAAAGGGAUCAUAGCAUUUUUCUGUCUAAUGAUUUUUUUCAGUAUGGCUUGUAAAUGUUUUUAAAAAAGUAUCUUAUGAAACUGAUUUUUUACCUUAGGUGAGAAAAACUGCAUGUAUUACAACUUGCGACUAAAAAUAUUAGUCGUUGAACUAUACCAAUGUAUUAAUGUUUUUUUUCCUCAUAAGUACCUUAUACAUUUAAAUUAAUAAUAAUUUUUGUUUAUUACUAAUGGGUUAUCUAUACAUGUAUUUUUUUGUUUGUAUACAAAUUAUUGUGUCGUAAUAUACAUUGUAAAUGGCAAUUAUUAAUAAUUUAAUAAAUAAUUGCCAGUUGCAUAAUAAUUUAGUUUUAGAAUUACAAUCACUUUGCGUUACUUUAAAAUAUUUUUCGAUGAAAGUAAAUAUAAAAAUAAUAACCUUAAAUGGAUAAAUUUGCUUAUUUACAAAGUUUAGGUCUUUGUUUAAAAUAAAUGAAUAUGAUCACCUAUUUACAGAAAAAUACUAAACUAGAGGCUUGUUUCUUCAUAUAGAUAUAAGGCGCAGUGAUACCAACAAUGGCUUUAGAACUUUGCCUUACGUGGUUUAAGAUUCAAAAUUAUUUAAACAGUGUUCAAUAUAUUAUACUUCUAAGCGUGUUAACUGUACUAAAAUUUAAAUAUUCACUUGUUAAUGUAGAUUUAAUAUAGAAAUAACUAUGCCAAAAUAACAAGAGUUCUAAUUUGUAAUGGUUUAGCUAGGUGUCUCGUAUGUUGUAUCCCUUUUCAAAUGAUUAGUUAACGUUUGUUUUAAGUUCCUUUUGUAAGAAAUACCUCAGUUUUUAAUUUUUUCUUACUUCCGUAAUUUAUUAUGUAGCGAAUUAAGGAAGACAGUCAUGUUGCUUAGUCAUUUUUGUAGUUUUAGGAAAAGUCGAAGAAUUCAGGUUUGUUUUUUCUGCUAUUUUGUACCUGCUCAAAUGGAAACGACGAAAUAUACAUUGUAGUUAAAUGUUCCAUAUUACCCUAAUACCAAGGAUGCAAUAUAAAUUAUUGUGUCCAUUAUAAGGUUGCUUUUAAAAUAUGCAAUCUUUUUGUCAUAGAUAUAAAAUCUAUAAGAGUUCAUAAAAGUUUGAUGUCUAAGAUGAAAUGUCAUUAGUCAAAUUACCUUUUUACGGCUUUUUUGUGCUCUAGAUCAAAUAUCUAUAAUCUAUAGAUUAUAUAUCUAUGGUUGUUGUCUAACAAAGUUAAUAUAACUACGUCGUCAAUUAAGAUGUUGUCUAGAUAAAAAAAAUUGAAUAUAAUUUAAACAAAAUUGAUAAUUCGUAGCGGGUGUGUUUUUAUUUAAGUUUUCUUUUCAUUACUAUCAUUUAAUUGAUAGUGGUUUUGUUUGUGUUUUAAGUAACUUGCAGUUACAGUUCAAUGAUUUUUUUUUGCUAUAACAAAGUUCACAUACUUGUAA